AUGCGAACUCAUACUGGUGAGAAGUCGUUCAUAUGCGGUCACUGCAAUUCGAGCUUCGGGCUGAAGCAUAACAUGCAAAGACACAUGCGAAUCCAUACUGGUCAGAAGUCGUUCAAAUGCCAUUACUGCAAUUCGAGCUUUGGCCAGAAAACAAACUUGAGAACACACAUGCGAACUCAUACUGGUGAUAAAACAAGUGCCGCGUUUGUGAAAAAAAGAUGA